AUGGACAUUGGGAAGAUUACCAUUGCAAAGAUCAAGAUCGACGGAGAUUGUCGAGCAUGUGCUUUCGACGCAUAUGACUGGAGAUCUUCCCCAUACUCAGGAUUCUUGGAUAUGCCCCACCUCAAAAAGGUUGCAAAGAGUUCCAGGGCUGUGAAAGAGAUAUACGACUCGAACAACUUGAUGAAUAUCGACCUUCAUAACACCAUCAAAGCUUGGGAUUCUUACAACCAAGAAGGCGGCUUGAAUCUUCCAUCCAUAAAACCAUUUCGGGAUUUCUACGCCAAGCAGCACGGACAUGCUAAACAUGGAACAAGAGCUAAAAUACUCGGCUGGAAGAAGGCUUGGAUUCUUGAAAAGAGACAGAAAGAAAAAGAGGAAGCUUCGAGGUCAGAGCCUCGAGUUUUUCAUAGCUCGCCAUUGCUUGGUGGUUCACCUGAUGUAGAUGAUUCAUUCGCUGAUCUAGUGGGAAAUGGUCAAUCUUCCAUGCAAACUAGAGUCCCCUUCAUUCAAGAUCCAUCUAAUUCCAAGAACAACCCAUUAUCAAAUGCUGAUUCAAGGGAUUAUGAAGAAGGUUGUGCCAUGAUAGGUGGCGAUAAUUCACCAGCAAGCCAAUUGAACGAUUCUCAAGAGAACUUUGUGGUCGAUAACGGCCAUAAAGCUGCUCGGGAUAUCUCUCUACCGAAUGAUGUCGAGAGAGCUUCAAAACUUGUCGUGAAAGCAUAUGAUAUGUUUUCAGACGAUGGUGUCGAGGGUGCAUAUUGUCUCGAGGAUGCAGAUGAAGCCGAGGAUGCAGAUGAUGUUGAGGUUCCCCAGGAUGAGGCAAUUGCAGGGCUUCAAUUGGUAGAUACGAUAACUGUGGUUAUCAACACCCAGAAGGGUUUUUAA